ACAAAGAGGGUGUCAGGUGGACGAAGUGUAACAAGAGAAGACUAAAUGACUUGCGUUUCCGAUGCACGGGUCUCGCUGAGGGACAUUACUAUCAGUUUAGAGUACUGGCAGAGAAUGCUGCUGGUGUGGGUGCACCAAGUGAGCCAAGUGAGUAUAUAAAAGUAUGUGAAGCUACCUACCCACCUGGUCCCCCUACCAAUCCCAAAGUAGCGGACUAUUCCAGCAGCACUGUGUCUCUUACCUGGUCAAAGCCCAUCUAUGAUGGUGGAGCAGCCAUCAGUGCAUUUGUAGUUGAGAUGAAAGAAGCAGCAGAGGACGAGUGGAUCACAUGCUCACCAAGCACAGGUGUAGAGGACACAAACUACACUGCGAAGAGAUUGAGAGAAAAUGUAGCGUACAAUUUUCGUAUACGUGCAAUGAAUGCCGCUGGAGUUGGAGAGCAUGUGGAUCUACCUGGGUCCGUGGUAGCUGCUGAAAAACUGGAGGCACCUGAGAUUGAGCUGGAUGCUACCUUGAGGAAGACUGUUAGUGUUCGAGCCUGUUCCACAUUACGUCUCUUCGUCACUAUAAGAGGAAGACCAGAGCCUGAGGUUAAAUGGUCAAAGGAAGGUGGCACUCUCAGUGAGCGUGCUCAGAUUGAGGUAUCCAGCUCCUACACAGUGUUACUGAUCGAGAAUGUCAAUAGAAAUGACACAGGAAAAUAUGUGUUGACUGCUGAGAACUACAGUGGUUCUAAAUCAGCAUUCAUCACUGUCAGAGUACUAGACUCUCCCACAGCACCAACCAACUUAGAGGUGAAGGAUGUAAAGAGAGACUCUGUGUCCAUCUCCUGGGAGCCACCUCUCAUUGACGGAGGAGCAAAGAUUUUGCACUACAUCAUAGAAAAGCGAGAGGAAGCUAGGAAGGCAUUUACAAGCAUCUGUAGCAAUUGUGUGAGAAACUCAUACAAGAUUGACAAUCUCCAGGAAGGAUGCUUCUAUUAUUUCCGUGUCCUGGCUGUGAAUGAGUUUGGUGCUGGACUGCCAGUAGAGACCAGUGAUCCUGUUAAAGUGUCUGAGGCUCCUCUGCCUCCCGGCAAAAUCACAUUCAGUGAUGUUACUUGCAAUAGUGGAAGACUCUCCUGGGAGAAGCCUGACCAUGAUGGAGGAAGCAAAAUCACAUGUUAUAUCAUAGAAAUGCAGGCUAAGGGAGAUGACACAUGGGCAAUAUGUUCACAGAGUAAAGCAUUGGAAGCUACUAUUAAUGGGCUGUCUAAAGGAAAGGAGUAUUUCUUUAGAGUGAGUGCUGUGAAUGAAAAGGGAAAAAGUGAACCAAAGUACCUUUUGGCACCUGUUACAGUAAAUGAUACUAGUGCUGAGCCUAUUAUUAACUUGCUGUCUGACACAUUUAGUGUAAAGGCAGGAUAUGAUUUAAAGAUUGAUGUUCCAUUUAAGGGUGUACCAACGCCAACAGUAGCCUGGAAGAAAGAGGGCAACUUGCUGAAAGAGACAAGCAGGGUCAACGUGCACACAACUGACACAUCAUCUCAGCUCGUAAUCAAAGAUGCAACCAGAAUAGACACUGGCGCAUAUGAAGUGACCCUGGCCAACUCGGUCGGAACCACAUCCGCUGAAAUCUUGGUUAAUGUUUUUGAGAGACCUGGACCACCAUGUGACCUCAGUGUGGAUGAAGUGAGUGCUGACUUUACGUCUUUGUCAUGGCAGCCCCCACAAUAUACUGGCGGAUGUCAAAUUAGUAAUUAUGUUGUUGAGAAAAGAGACACAGGCAGCACAAUAUGGCAGACUGUGUCAGCCACAGUUGCCAGAACGUCAAUCAAAAUUUCCCGUCUGACGCAGGGCGGUGAAUAUCAGUUUCGUAUUGCUGCGGAGAAUCGCUAUGGCAAAAGCCACUUUGUUGAGUCUGAACCUGUUGUUGCCCAGUAUCCCUUUAAGCCCCCUGGUCCACCAACGAAUCUCCGAGUUGUGAAUGCCUCAAAGUCGGUUAUGGUGGUUGCUUGGAGCAAGCCAGACAGUGAUGGUGGCAGCCCUGUUAUUGGUUAUCAUAUUGAAUGCAAAGAUCAAAGUAGUAUCUUGUGGACAAAGUUAAACAAAAGCCCGGUGACUGAUAAUCAGUUCAAGGUGACAACUGUUGAAGAGGGUCUGAUAUAUGAGUUCCGCGUCUGUGCUGAGAAUAUGGCUGGUGUUGGACCAUGCAGUAAGGCAUCUGAGCCUGUGGCAGCGAGAGACCGGUGCGAUCCCCCACGGAACCUCACAGUCACCAAUUUAACCAACACCUCAGUUUCUCUCUCGUGGGACAAACCAGAAUAUGAUGGUGGGGCUAAAAUAACUGGGUACAUUGUUGAGCGUAAAGAGCUGCCAGAUAGUUGCUGGCUUAAGUGCAACUUCACCAACUUACUGGACACCUUCUUGGAAGUGACUGGCCUCACAGAGGGGGAACAGUAUGAUUUUCGUGUGAUUGCAAAAAAUGCAGCUGAGCUCUUCAGUCCGGCCUCUGAAACCACAGGACCUGUUACGGUACAGCAUGACGUAGAACCACCCAAAAUCAUCAUGGAGGACAAAUUUAGACACAUGGUGGUUGUCAGAGCAGGAGACCACCUAAGAAUAGAUGCUGACAUCUCUGGUCGCCCCAACCCUACAGUGUUUUGGUUGAAGAAUGGUAGAAAUAUUGGCACCAAGGGAAGGGUUGAGAUAACAGCAACUAAGACGCAUACCACUCUGCUUAUCAGGGAAAGUGUUAGGAAAGACUCUGGACAGUACACUCUGACCCUACAGAAUACAGGUGGUACCACAUCUAAGGCUGUCACCUGCAAGGUCCUGGACAGGCCAGGCCCACCUGCUGGACCUCUGGAAGUGUCUGGACUCUCGGCAGAGAAAUGCACCCUGUCAUGGGGACCCCCUCAUGAGACUGGCGGUGCUGAAAUCAUGUACUACAUUGUUGAGAAGUGUGAAACCAGUCGUGUAGCCUGGAUCCUUGUGUACGGAGACAUGAUGGCAACUACUUGUAAAAUAACCAAGCUGCUCAAAGGAAAUGAAUACCUGUUCAGGGUAAGGGCAGUGAACAAGUAUGGGGAAGGUGAGACUUUGGAAAGUGAGCCUAUCAAGGCCAUGGAUCCCUUUACUGUUCCAUCCGCUCCGACAGAUGUUGAGGUCACAAGUGCAACCAGUGACACUAUGACUAUCUGCUGGAAGAGACCUGCCACUGAUGGUGGCAGCCGCAUCAGUGGUUACAUUAUAGAGAAGAGGGAGAAGCAGGGUGUUCGCUGGGUUCGUGUCAAUAAGAAACCAGUCUAUGACCAACGAGUCAAAGCCUCCUGCCUGCAUGAGGGAUGUGAGUAUGAAUUCAGAGUUUUUGCUGAGAAUGCUGCUGGACUAAGUGAACCCAGUGUCCCAUGCCCACUUACCCUGGCAGAGGAUCCAAAGUUUCUACCUUCCGCUCCUGCAAAACCCACCAUAACCGAUUCAUCCAAAUCCUCCAUCACUCUGUCAUGGAACAAGCCGCUGUUUGAUGGUGGGGCAGCCGUCACUGGGUACAAAGUCGAAUUAAAAAAAUCAACAGAGGAAGAGUGGACUGUUGGCGUCCAUAACACAGAUAAAACAGAGUUUACAGCUACUGGACUCACAUCAGGGACGGAAUAUGUGUUUAUUGUCAGAUCCAUAAACAAGAUCGGCAUCAGCGAACCCAGUCCUGAAACAGAUCCUCAAGUGGCUGUGGAGAGAGAGGAAGAGCCCAGGUUCGAUAUUACCACAGAGAUGAGAAAGACCCUGCUUGUUAAAGACGGCAGCUCCUUCACUUUGACUGUGCCUUUCACAGGCAAGCCUGUUCCCAGUGUAACAUGGGACAAAGCAGAUGUAGAUCUGAGAGUCAGAGGAAUGAUCAACACCAGCAACUCUGUCACCUCCAUCACAGUGGAAGGAGCAACACGCGAUGACUCCGGCAAAUACGUAGUCAAACUGCAAAACAUCGCUGGAUCGGCCUCUCUGACACUGAAUGUGAAAGUUUUAGAUUCACCCGGUCCACCAACUCAUUUAGCAGUUAAAGAUGUGACCAAAAACUCGGCCACAAUUACGUGGGACAUCCCUGAGAAUGAGGGAGGAGCCCCUGUCAAGAACUACCUUGUAGAGAUACGGGACCUCAGCAGAAAAGGUUGGACAAAACUCACGAUCAAAUGCCGCCGACUGUCCUACAAGGUGUCUGACCUGGAGGAGGGAGGAAUCUACUUCUUCAGAGUCACCGCUGAAAACGAGUAUGGGAUCGGCGUUCCAGCUGAGACCAAGGAGGGAACGAAAAUGACAGAUACAAGAGACUGGGAGACAAAUCCAGGAGCUUAGCUUGUCUCCUUCCCAGGGCUGAAGUAAUCAUCUCCUGACUCAUCUUCCCAGAUCCUCAUCUAUUUCUCAUCAUCGUCCACUGGUGUUGAGAAAAAUCAGUUAGCAAAUGCUGUGUGAAUUUAUUUCAGAAGCUUCAUUUUUUUAGAUAUAUAUUUCUUUUUAAAGUUUGAACACUGGUAAUAUUUAUUAAUGAGUUACAAUUUAUAGAAG